GGGCACUGGGGGUGGAGGGUGAAGGUGGCACCAGUCCCUCCCCUGCCGCCACCACCCAUUUGUCCUGGGAGCUGCUGUCACCCGAGCGAGCGCCUGUGAGUUUGCAGCAGGCCAGAGGGGAAGAGCAGGGUGCUGGAGUGAGGACGGUGUCCCUGUGUGCAAGCCGGGCCGCACCGAAGCCAGGCACUGGGAGCCAUGGGGCCCCCUGGCUCCUACGGUCCCCAAUGGGCAGGCAUCCUGCUCUCAGCCUCACUUUUGACCCUGUGGAGCCUGCCCGCUGUAACCCAGCUCAACCUUGACGCCGACCUGCUCAACAUCAGCUCAAGGUUGCUGGCCAAGCCCACCAUUUCCAUCAACCCGGGCAUUGUCACAGAGCAUGCGGAAAAUGUGACCUUCCAAUGUGACACCAAGGACAUCAGCCCUGUCAUCCACUGGGUCUUCAGCAAUCGCCCGCUGGUGGUGCAUGAGCGCAUUCAGCUGUCCCCAGAUGCCAAGGUGCUCACCAUCUCCCCUGUCUUGCGGGGGGACGCCGGGAGCUACCAGUGCGAAGCUUGGGAUAGCCAGGGGUCCCAGAGCAGCGACCCCACCUACCUGGUCGUGAACUAUGGUCCUGACCCCUUUGACAUCAAGGUGGCGCCCAGCGCGCCCAGCGGAGAGGUGGUGAGCGUGGUAGAGGGUUCCAACGUGACCUUCUCGGUGACAACGCAGUCUCGCCCAGUCCCAACCUAUUCCUGGUUCCUCCCCAACGACUCCUCCCCAUCGUUCACCAAGAGAACAUUCACCAUCCACGCCGUGUCCAGGGAACACGAGGGCACGUACAGGUGCUUGGUGAACAACAGUGCCACCCAGCUGUCCCGCCUGGGUGCUCUCAGGGUCCAAGUCAUUGAAGUCACGACCAAGCCUCUCAUCAUGACCCCAAGCCUGAGCGUCGUGGAGAAUGCCAACACCGUGUCCCUGACCUGCCUGACCAGCCACGAGGGGCUUCCAGUCCAGUGGUUAGUGAGGGGCCGGCCCCUCCUGCCCAGCCAGCACCUGGUGCUGUCUGCUGACAACAGGACCCUGGUCAUCCGCCGCCUCUGGAGGAACGACACGGGGCCCUAUGCGUGUGAGGUCUGGCACGGGGACAGCUGGACCCGCAGCGACCCUCUCAGCCUGACCAUCCACUAUGGCCCUGACCACGUGGACAUCACCAGGGGGUCGCAGUCCGGGGUGGUCAGCCGCGUCCAGGCGGAGCUCAGCUCCAGCCUGACUCUGCAGUGUUGGGCCAAGUCCCAGCCAGACGCCGAGUAUCGCUGGACCCUUGAACACUUCACCGCUGUGUAUACGGGGGAGAAGCUGGUCAUCGAGUCCCUGAGCUGGGAACAUCAGGGGACCUACAACUGCACGGCGCUCAACCCUCAGACCCGCCUGGCCCACUCCGCCUCGGUCCUGGUCAGUGUGGUUGGUCCCCAGGCAUCGCUGUCUGCAGGGUCCGUGGCUGGCAUUACCAUCGGGAUCCUGACAGUCGUUGCCCUGUCCGUCGGGCUGGGCUGUUUGCUUUACAUCAGAAAUGCCAGAUGGCCCUCAAGGAAAAGAGCAAAGGACCCCAUCCAUGAGGCCGCCACACGUACCUCCAAGGAGAAGCACCCUGCCCAGCCCAGUUCGGAUCGGCCAAGGACUGUGUACGACAAUAUACUUGAACUUCAAGAUCAGGUCAAGGUCAAAAAGACGCUGCCUCCAGAGCCCCCAGAGCAGUUGUAUGAGAUGAAACCGCCUUCUGCAACCUCUGAGGGCUAUUCUCACGGCCCCAGGAACCCAUCGCCCCAACUUGCGUUGCAUCCACCAAAAGGAAACACAGAGCCAAUCUAUGAGGUGCUUGUGAAUCCAGAAUGCAGCAUUUACUGCCAAAUGAAGCCCUCGGUGUAAUGGAAGGGAAAGAUCCUUUCUCCAGAAAUUCUACAGAAACCAUGCUCAGUCAUACGUUCAAUGACAUUUAUUGGAUGCAUAUUGUAUUCCAGCCACUCUCUUUGCAAACUUUGGGACAUUCUGUUUCAAUGUGUUAUUCAGGCUUUGGACUCUAGAUCUCACUAAAUCUUAG